AUUAAGGCUUGGGCCGAAUACAUCGUGGAGUGGGCUGCAAAGGACCCAUACAGCUUUCUCACUACAGUGAUCUUGGCCCUUACACCGUUGUUCGUAAUUAGCGCAGCGCUUUCGUGGAAGCUUGCAAAAAUGAUUGAGGCCAGGGAGCGAGAGCAAAAGAAGAAACAGAAACGCCAAGAGAAUAUUGCAAAAGCCAAACGAACAAAGAAGGAUUAA